AUAUUGACCAAAAGAAGAAGAUAGGAAUGACCUAAUUAUAUAUUUACCCUGCACACAGACAUUAGCAAUGCAGCUAGCAACGAGCUGUUUGUCCAUCGAUCCACAUCAAUGGCUCUUGUGAGAACAUCUAAAGGAACCUCUUCUGAUUCCAAAACUUUUCGGGGUUAUCGCCACGACGUGUUCUUGAGCUUCAGAGGCGACACUCGCAAGACUUUUACCGACCACCUCUACACAGCCUUGAACAACGCAGGAUUUAACACGUUCCGAGACGAUGAUGAACUUGUGAGAGGAGAAGAUAUAAAGCCAGGACUGCAGAAAGCGAUCUGGCUGUCACGAACUUCUGUUGUCGUGUUUUCGAAAGAUUACGCGUCAUCCAGAUGGUGCCUUGAUGAGCUUGUGUUGAUCCUUGAACGCAAGAGGACUACCUCGGACCAUGUAGUUAUACCAGUCUUCUACGAUGUCGAUCCGUCCGACAUGAGGAAGCAGACGGGAAGUAUUGGAAAAGCAUUUGCUCGACACCAGAAAACUCAGUCGCCAAAAAAGGUGAAGGGAUGGAGGGAGGCAGUUGCAGAGGUUGCAGAUCUAGCAGGCAUGGUCUUACAAGCUGAUGGGUAUGAAUCAAAGUUUAUCGAAAAAAUUGUUAAAGUGGUUGGAGACAAGUUAAGUCGCACACCAUUGAGUGUUGAACCAAAAUUGAUUGGAAUCGAAUCUCAAGUUGAAGACAUCAAUUUGUGGUUACAAGAUGGAUCAACCAAUGUCGGUAUACUAGUUGUGUAUGGCAUGUCUGGAAUAGGGAAGACAACCAUUGCAAAACAUGUUUACAAUUCAAACUUUAGAAGCUUUGAAGGAAGUAGUUUCAUUGAAAAUAUCAGAGAAACAGCAGAUCGACCAAAUGGCUUAGUUCAAAUACAAAAGCAACUUCUUUCUGAUAUUUUGAACGGCAGAGAAGUGAAAAUACAUGGUGUUAGUGAUGGACUAAUAAAGAUUGAAAGAGCCAUAAGCUCUAGAAGAGUGCUUCUUGUUCUUGAUGAUGUGGACCAUAUGGACCAAUUAGAUGCAGUACUAAAGAUGAAAGAUCAGUUUUAUCGAAGUAAGAUACUUAUAACAACUAGGCGUGAAAGGUUGCUAAAAGCACAUCAAGUUACAAAGGUGCACAAAGUUGGAACUUUGUAUUACAAUGAGUCAUUAGAGCUUUUCAGUUGGCAUGCUUUUUGCCAAGACCAUCCCCUUAGAGGUUACAUGGAAUAUUCAAAAAAGGUUGUACAGUACUGCAACGGACUUCCAUUAGCUCUAAAAGUUUUGGGCUCUUCUUUAUCAAGGGAAAGUAUAGAUGUAUGGGAAAGUUCAUUGGAGAAGCUAAAAGCUAUCCCUAAUGGUGAAAUCAUGAAUAAACUAAGAAUAAGCUAUGAUAGUUUACAAGAUGACCACGACCGGAAAUUAUUCCUCCACAUUGCUUGUUUUCUAAUAGGAAGGAGCAAAAGCCACAUUGUUAGAAUACUCAAUGGAUGUGAUUUCUAUACAAUCGUUGGGAUUCAAAAUCUGCUUGAUCGAUGCUUGGUGACAAUUGAUGGAUGCAACAACGUGCAAAUGCAUGACUUGAUCCGUGACAUGGGAAGAGAAAUUGUUAACCACGAAUCAGAAGAGCCUGGAAAACGCAGUAGACUAUGGUGCCACAAGGAUUCUUUUGAAGUAUUGAAGGAAAAGAUUGUAAGAAACAUGUCUUUUAUGUCUAUAUGUAUUUCUUCUUGUGAAAAUUAUCCAUAUUAA